AUGGUCGAGAUGGGCGUCAGCCUGGCCAGAGACAAGCUGGAUGUCUUUAAACCCCGCUCGGCUGAAGAGGUUGUGAGCAUGAUCCAGGAUCUGACCAAGUCCAGAUUCUUUGACCUUAUUGUGUUGGAUUCCUUGGCGUCUAUGACCUGUGAAAGAGAGCUACGCUCUGACCUCAAGGACGGAGAUAAUUUCGGUGCGAGUGACCUCACAAAGAUUCUCUCCAAGUUCUUCCGACAGGUGGCCCCCAUGCUGAGGCAGUGCCGCACGACCCUCCUUUGUACCAACCAGUUCCGAGGGGGAUCCUUGUUGUUCGGCCCGGUGGAGGUGCCCUUCGGUGGCCAGGCCCUAGGGAGGCGGUCAUCCAUCCGCCUGCGCACCAUCGAGCCACAGAUUCGGGAAAUUGCCGGACGUGCACCCAGCCUCCAGUGUCAGGUGGAGAUCAUCAAGUUCGAUGUGCCCGACCAAAGGCAGACGGCCACCAGCGUGGAGUUCGGGUUGGUCUUUGGCGAAGGUGCGAGUUGGGGCGGAAGCGCUUCGGAUCUCAGCAGUGAGCACGAUGCAGCUGAAGAAGCUCAUGAUGUCAAGAAAGAGGAGAAAGAAGAUCGUGAUGUGAAGGAGGAGCAGGAAGAAGGCAGAGAGUUCUGUGUUGCUCAAUGUUGCUUCAAGCAAGUGAUUAGCGCAGCCCUGCAAAAGAGUGUAGCCAUGGAGAGCAGGUUAACGUGCAAGGCAAUGGUUGUGCUCUGUUGCAUCAGCCUCAUUGAUUGCAUCAACUUCACGAUGCUCAUUCCCUAUGUGGAUGAACUCGUGGCACAUGUGCUUGACCGACCUCGAGGAGAUCCCGGCAUAUCCAUUUGGGUCUCUGCUUUGGUGGGAUCCUAUGCGCUCUGCGAGGUUCUCUUCAGCCCCAUGUGGGGGAUGCUGGCCGAUCGGUUCGGCAGACGUCCAGUCUUGCUUGUUGGGCUUGCUGGAUCCGCAGCGGCUUCGCUGUUAAUGGGCCUUGCUGACAGCUAUCCGGCUGCUCUGGCUGCCCGGCUCUUGGAUGGUUUCUUCUGUGGCAAUGAGUGCGUUGCGAACACUUACCUGGGCGAGCUGGUGGACAGCGAGAACGAGGCUCGAGCCUUCGGCAUCCUGGGUGUUGUCUUCUCAUUCGGCCUCUUCCUGGGUCCUGUGCUCGGUGGAGGUUUGGCACGCCCGGCAAGCUGGGAACCGCAGGUUUUUGCGGGAACGCUGUUUGAGCGCCACCCUUUCCUCCUUGCGAACUUGCUCUUUGCCUGCUUGGUGAUAGCUGUGUUUCUUCUAGGUGCUGCCGCUCUGAAAGAGACCCGUGUGCAUGAGCAAGCUUCAGGCUUGCUGCAAAACGAUGAGGCAAUAGACUUGCAGAGACGCCAAGCUCUUCUUCCCCGGGGCCGAAGACUUUGGCAGCUCUUGAUUGCAAGCAGCCUUCUUUGCGGCUACAUCGCGGCUCGGUUAAACAGCUUCAUCCUCGUCUCCUCCCUACCGAGGACGUUGCAUGGCCUCGGCAUAUCUUCGCAGGAAUUUGCAUGUGUUCAGGCCUGUGCUGCCUUCAUGUUGGCCCUUAACCAGACGACUUGCUAUGGCUGGCUGGUCAGAAAGGUCGGGAAUCACGCUGGCUAUUUCCUGGGGUUGCUGUGGACGAUUGCCAUCACCUUGCCCAUGCCCUUCUACUGCACGGUUACCGAAACGAAUCCGUCCAAGGUGUUGCGUUUGCUUCCCAUCACAGGCUGGCAGGCGACGAGCCAGCUUGGAUUUGGGAUUGCUUUCCCUCUCUGUACGGUUCUGGUGAAUAAGGAGUGCACAGCUCGAAAUCGUGCGGUUGUCAACGGGUGGUGCGGCUCUCUGAAUGCCCUGGCACGUGGCUUAGGACCGGAGCUUGCCGGUGCCCUGGUACACCUGGGCUGCUCCCUAGAGACCCCGGAUCUUCGUUUCGGACGGUACCUCCCGUUCUAUGCCAAUCUGGUUCCUGCCACCGUCAGUGCUAUCCUGGUCCUCCAUCAACGACCUCGAAGCCGAGAUUCCGAUGGAAACACAGCAUGUGAACUCGGGACACAACUAUAA